ACUAGAAUUAAAGAAAAACUAAUUAUUUUUUAUAUAUCAAAAGAAUGUAGUAUCAAAAAGGAAAUAUAUUUAAUAUAUAAAUAUAUAAAAAUUUAUUUUAUAUUUAUAACAUUUUAACUAAAAAAUGAAUUUUCUUAAAAUCUCAAAUUUAGAAAAAAAAUAUAAUUUUUCCAUAAAUCACGUUGGUUUUAUGACUUUAUCAGUUUUCUUAUGACAUAAAAAUUUAUAAUAUCUCAUUAGUAAAAUAAAUACAUCAAAUUAGUCAGGAAUAUCUUUUUAAGAUUUUUUUGAAAAAAUCUUAUUUAUAAAUUUGGUCACGUUAAUUAGAAACAUUUUCUUGUAGGACAUAAUUUUAAAACAUUCUUAUUUAUAAAUUUUUCCCGUUACUCGAACAUCAUAAUUACUUUAAAAUUUUAUUUUAAUCAGUUUUUAAUUUCUUUUUUUUUUCAGCAAGAAAUUUACAGACUCAUGUUGACUCUGUAAACCAUAUUGGUAACUCCGCAUCCAUGUGAACGACAAAGGACAGUUGCUUGCAUGCAUUACGUGCUAAGCUAUCCGCCCGAAGGAUCAGCUUUUAAUUUCUAAAUCUAUAGUUUUCCUCUAUAACUAAAAAUUUUCAACUUAAUAAUAUAUGGAUGUUCAUAUUCUUAUGUAUAGAAGCAACUAAUUCUUUAAAGUUUGAACCAUCAAUAUAGAUAUUUCAAUAUCUAAGAUUCUAUUUUAUUCACGAAAAUUAUGUUUUUUACACCCAUUAUCUUUGGUAUAAAAAUUCAUUCAUUCUUGAAUAAUUGAAAGACCAAAGUGAAUAUCAUAAAGUAACUAUAUAAUGAAAGAAGAAUGACUUAGUUAACUAAACAUUUUAUCGAAACAACAUUUAUAACAUGUAACAGAGCCAGCUAUAGCUUUAAUAUUUUUGUCUUCACAAAAUAAAACAAAAUAUGUUAUUUACAUGAAAGUUUUCUAAAACAUAAGGUAACUUUAAUUGAAUUUAUUUUUUUGUGUAACUUUUAAAUGUAAAGUUAUAUUUUGAAUAAUGAAAUUUUAAACAGAUUUUAAACAAUAUUUUUUUUAAUUUUGUUUGUUUAUAAAUUUUAUAAGUGAUUUGUGAUAAUAAAAAUAAACAAAACGAAAAAUUAUAAUUGAAAUAACCAUACAAACAAGAAGAAACUAAUUAACAUCAUAUAAAAAUCAAACAAGAAUUUUAGAAACAAAUAUCAUAGCAAAAUUAAAUAUUCUGCAUAAUCAAAUAUAUUAAAACAUCAUAACUCAAUAACUCAUAAACGAUGCUUAAUAAAAAUAAUAUAAAUAUAAAACUAAACUAAACAAAAGUAAAGAUUAAUAACUAUUACAAUUUAGGUUUUACAUAAAUAUUCAUUCCCACAUAUAUAUGCGAUGAUUCUCCUAGUACAAUUUAUUUUUGUAGAAUUUAGGGCUAUGUACUGUUCGAAGAUUGAAAAAGCAACACAAACAAAUAAAAUCGUUGUUAACAUAUAAAUAACUAUAAAUAAUAUCAUCCUACUAUAUAAAAGAAGCUAAAUCCUAGCUUUUCUAGAAGUGCCACAUAGGCAAAAUAUUCUCCACCUAUCAAACUGCCAUGCCACUAGCGGAUUGGGCUUCGAAUUAAAAUUGCAAUAAAGAUUUGGGCUUCGUUGUCGCUUACAAAAAUCUCGGUUUGUCUACGAUUUGCCGGUGGGCCAGGUAAAAAAAAAAUCUCGCAGCCCAGCCCAUUAACCCAAAUCACCGUCUUCGUAAAACUAUUUCCUUCGGACAAUUACUUAUUUCAACUGUCAAACUAUUUUCUUUUGAAUUUUCUAUUUUUUCAGACAAUUUAUUAUUUCUACUGUUUCCUUUAACAAUGUGGGAACCGGCUAAGUUUUCUUUCAUCUUAAAAUUGUCCGUCCAAAAUAACACAACCCCCUCAUUUCACACACAAUCACUAUAAAUUUCUAAAAAAAAACUAAAUUCUACUAUCAAAUGCACCCAACAAAUUUACAACUACCAGUUCCAGUUACUUAUGCUUCGACCUCAUUCAAAUAAUUAUGGGCCGGCCUACUUUAAUUUUUAAAUAACCAUGUUAAUAAUUUAAAAAAAAACAAACAAACCAUAACUAUGUUCACUUCAAAAAAAUAUAAAAUUAAUAAAAGAUGGGCAAUACAAAAUAAUUCUCAUUCUUAUAUGUGCAGAACAUGCAGCAGAAUAUCAAAACAAUUGGGGCGACACCCUCAGACCGCAUCCAAUAAUCGUUAGGAUCAUUAGGAUGUGGCCCAUCACAAAUCACAAAAAUAAAAUUGCUUUCCUAUGAACAACUUUCAUUUGUCUUGAUAUCCAAGUUUGUCUUAAAAAUAUUUACUUUUAAUUAUUCAAACUGCAUUUCAAAUGAUGGUUUUUAACCACUAAACAGGAACAAAUAAUUGAAGGGAGGGUGUCUAUUUCUACGUCUGACACAAUCUAACAACGCUUCGAGGAAGGGAAAAUUUAUCACAUUAGAUAUUUUAAUCUUCUUCCCAAUAACCAACGGUACAUGCUUACCGUUAAACCAUACAUAAUCAAUAUUAAUGAGACAACAAUUAUUACACUGAUUCAAGAAAACAUUCAACCGAUCCCUUCAUACAUAUUCCGGCCCCAACGCUACCACCAGUUGAUCAGCUUAGCAAAUGCAACCAACUUCCUCCCAGGUAAAAAAAAACCAAUAACUCUCUCACAUACAAAUAAACACUAAAUUUUUGUCCUUAAAACCAAAUUAUUCCUACAGAUGUUGUUGGCCGCAUAUGCCUCAUCCAAAGAAGUGAUUUAUAUAACCACUACACAGAUUCAAAAAUCACCAUUGGAUUGCGUUUAGACAGGUACUAACUUUUUAUUAAAUAACAAUUGGUUUACAACUAAACAAAAUAUAAUACAAUAAUUAUUUGUAGAUCGAAAUUGAUAAGUCUAACUUUAUUGGACAAGGAGGCCUCUAAUUUCAGGGAGUUAAAUCACAUAUAUACCAGGAAAAACCAAAUCGUAAUCAUCACAAGUAUUAUUCCACAGUUACAUGAAGGUAAUAAACUAAACAUAAAUUUUAUGUCAAAAUAAAUGCUUACAAAUAUUUGACUUUUUCAUGAAAACUAUCACUCACAACCACACCUAGAUCGCGCUUCUACUUUGACAACGAUAUUGGUAUCAUACAACGCUUCCAAAAGAGGAAUAAACUGCUAUCUUAAGCUUCAUAGCAAACGACACCAGUCAACUUUUAAAAAUUUUACGUUACCGAUUCCUACGUCAAUUAAAUAGGCACACUGAAAUACUGUUUUCUCUUACGAAUAUUGAAUUCCUCAAAACAAUUUAUUAUUAAAACUUACUGUUGUUUAAAAAAAAAUGAUUACCGCUUCUAACGUCUUCGCAUUAUAAAAUAAACAAAACAUAACUUACCCUUUCAGAAACUUCAAAACCCCCAAUUUUAAUUGAACUGGACUUUUAUUAAACAUGUAAUCCGCGCGAAGCGCGGGCACCGACCCUAGUUUAAUAUAAAAUUAACUAAAGUAAUGGAUUAGAUUCUAUAUCCUUUCAUAAAUAGAAAAUUACAUUCAUUUACACUUAAAUAAGGUUUUAUAUUAAAUUAAAUAUUGUAUAUAAAUAAAAUGUUAGAGUUAAUAAAUUGACAUCAAGUAAGCUUUAUAGCUAAAAAUUGAUCAAAAAUACAUGACACAAUUAAUAAAAUAUAUCACUAUAGAUUUUAUUAAAAAUUCAUAACAAAAUGAUUGAAAUAAUUGAAAAAUAAAACUAAGUAAUAUAUUAUAUAAUAUAUUAUAUAUUUUCAAAUAUAAUAUAACUAUAUAUUUUCAAAUAUACAAAAUAAAAAUGCUAACACAUUUUAUUUCGUCAAUUAAAUUUUGUUAAUAUUUUCGCGCUUUAAAGCGAAGAUCAUAAUCUAGUUCAUCUUUAAAAAGUUAAUAUCAUUUUCAUGUGAUGCAAAAUCUUUUUGCCUAUGGAACAACUUCACUAUCUACUGGUGCAAUCUUUUAAAUGGGACAAAUCAAGAAUCAAGCAAAUAAGGUUUACAUGCAACCAAAAAAUUGAAGUACAAUAUUUUCGCGUUUUUAAAGCGUGAAUCAUAAUCUAGUUCAUCUUUAAAAAGUAAUAUUUUUUACAUGUGAUGCAAGAUCUUUUUUCCUCUAUAACAACUUCACUAUCUACUGAUACAACCUUUCAAAUGGGAAAAACCAAGAAUCAAACACAUAAGGUUUACAUGCAACCGAAAAAUCUAAGUAAAACAUCAUCACUUUCUUUUUUUCCAAGGACUAAAACAAAACAAAUAAAUCCAAGAAGAAUUUGAGUAUUGCAAUUAAGAACAUUACAAGAACGGUAGUUAAUAAAUCACACGACCCUCUCAAACAUUACCCUAUUGCCAACCUUUUUAACUCUUUAUAUGUUUGGAAAUCUUGUAUCUUCAACACAAACUGAUCAGUCUUAUCAACAUUAAGAACAUUUAGGAAGAAAGAGGAGAAGAAGUAAAAGAAGAUCAUUCUUGUACAUGAAAGAUGAAUGCAACAGUUGGAUAUCUAAUGAUGAUGUUUCUCAUUUUGAUUCCCUCUCCACUAUAUGGUAAGUUUAAUAUAUUUAAUCAUCAUGUUAAGUUUAAGAUAUCAAUAAGUUAAUUCCAGCUUCUGACAGUUCCAAAGACUCGACAACAUCUUCUUCCGUCAAGUGUUCUCCUUGUGAUCAUGGGAAGGAAGCAAAUCCAGAGUGUGAUUGCAAGAACCCAAUCAAAUGAGCAUGUACUUCACUCAUCCCUCCUUGCCAAAAGUAAAAAUAAUCUCUUUGGGAGUUAAAUUUUUUUUUUUUUUUUGCUCCUCAUAACAUUUUACACAAAAACAAACCAAAACAGAACCAACAAAGCAAAAAAUUAAGUAAAAAACAAGAGAAAAAUGAUGAUCAAAACAGAAAUAUAUUUUCAAUAUGUUCACGAGUGAAUUUCAAUGUUUUAAAGAUAUAUUAUCGAUGUCAAACCUUUAGUUUUAUAUAUCUCCAUCACCAACUUUAAUUUGACAAAGCGUGUAAAACUACUUUAGUUUUGUAUUUUUUAUGCAUGCUUACAAUUAAUUUUGGUAAAAUGUAUAUUUUUAUACAGAAUAUGAUAUAUAAGUUGAUGUAAAAAUUAUAUUCGUAAGUAUAUUUAGCUUAUUUAUAUUAAUUUGAUAUAUAUAUAUAUAUAUAUAUUAAUUUAAUGGUGAUAUAUGAGUUAUUAGUUAUUAAUAUAUCUUGACAAAAAUAAACAUUUAUAUAUAUAUGAAUUAAUAGUCAUCACCAUAUUUUAAAAACUUUACAAAAAAAUAUAAAUCUUUAUAACGAAAAUCGUACAUGUCAUAAUAAAAUUAAUGUCGUGUCAUAUAUUUUUUUUUAAAACAUGUUUUUUUGUUGAAAUUGAAUGUUGUGAUAACACAUGCAAAUCAUUUCACAGUUAAUGUUUAGUGUCAGAUUUUGAUGUAUUUGUAGCUCAAUAGAGCCAAAUAUUGUAAACAAAAGAUGAGAGAAUUGAUAUUUAUUUACCAAGCCCGUUAAAGCCUUAACCUUUCAUGCCGUCACUGCUUGAACUGAUAUGUAAAAGCUGUAGAGUAUUUACUAGCGAGAAAAUGUUUCAACGGGCUCUACAAACAACUUGUCAAAGAAAAUGGACCUAUCCCCCAAAGGCCCAAACUAUGUAAUUUAAACUUUAAAGCUACGCAUGCCUUAGAAAUUUAUGACUUUUCUAAGCUCUUUUUUUUUUUUGCUGAAGCCUUUUGUUAAGUAUGGGACAACCUGUAACUGUUGUUUUUUAAAAAAAAAAUUGAGCAAAAACAACGAAAUAUGUUAUCAGUUUUUAUGUUGUUUAUAAAGUAUAAGAAUAUAGAUAUCAUUGUGUUGUGUUUGAUAUGAAAAUACAAGAUGCAUACAGAGCCGGACCCAUCUUGAACAAAGGAGAAUUAGCUGCCACAGAUUAAAAAUAUAUUUUAGCAAAUUUGUUAUCUGGUAUUGGAAAUUCUGUAGCUCAAUUGGUCUGUUUUUUCCCCAUCUGAUCCGUCUUUAAUUGUGCAACCUGAGUUCAUACCUUCCUUUUGCAUUUUUUAAAAAAAAUUCUAUUCAUUUUAAUUUUAAGUUAGACCAAGCCCAAUUAGUGACACCCCUAAAAUAUAAUCAUGGAUUCGUCACUGCCAUUGGAUGCAUAUAUAUAGAGGUAAUAUUAACAUAAUGUCAACACCAAAUAAUGUUAACUUUCCUAAAUACGUAUGGUACAUAUGCUAAAAAUAUUUUGAGAUUAACUUGCUUUUUAAGUUUUGAAGGUCUUCAUGAAUUUUACAAAUUUCACAAUUUUAGUUCUUAAGAUACACAUUUUACAGUCUCACAUACUCUAAUAUUAAUUAUGUAUAUUUACAUAUUUUAAAAAGGAACUUAAAUUAAAUUUUGAUGAUAUGUUACAUCUGUAUCAGUAGGAAAUGUGCUAUUAGAGCAUUUCCAAAGAAACUCUAUAACUUCAAAUAUAGAUUUUUUACUUUCCAAAAAAAAAACUUCAAAACUUCAAAUUUAGAAUUUUGAGUAGUGAAACUUUAAAUAUUUGUAUCUUGGUCCUUAUAAUUAAUUAUAUAUCACAUUUAUGAUUCUUAAGUAUUUUUUUCAUUCAUAGUUUUAAUUUUUAAAACUUUUGUAUAUUUUAAAUUUAUUUUUAUAAAUAUAAAUUUUACACAUAAUUUUUAAAAAUAAAAUAAAAUAAGAUUUAUAAUAUUUUAAAAGUAGAAUUAGAUAACAAGAAUAUUACAAAAGAAACUUAAUAGAGUUGUUUUAAGAAGAUACUUGAAGACAUAGUUAUUACGUAAAUUUAAAUAUUACAACAGCACUAAUAGUUUAGUAAAUUUUCUCCGAAACUUCUAAAAUAUUUUCCAAACAAAUGUUGUGUAACAAAAAAAAUGGAGCUAAGAAAAUAAUUUUAUCUAGUAAUAUGAUAUUGCUCAAAAAAAUGUAGUAAUAUGGUAUGUUGCUUUUAGUUUAAUAUGUAAUAUGUAUUUCUAUUAAUAAUUUUAUAUUUUGAUAUAAGAUUUUAUUAAUUAAUAUUACUAUAAUAUUUUUAUAUAUGUGCUAGUUAUCUAUAAAGUUUUAUGGAUUUAUAUUAAUUAUGAUAAAUAUAAGGAGCAUAAUGUAAAUUACAAAUAAUUUUGAAAUUAAAUUUGAAGUUUUGAUUUGGAAGAAGAAUAUUUUGAAAUUUUAAAUAUAUAGUUUGCAAAAUUUUAUAGUACUGAGUCUUUUUGGAGAUGUUUUUAGCAUAAGCAAAAGGUAACGUAUGUAUUUACUGACAUUUCUCUCUCCGUUAUUACACUAUUACUGUAUUAGUGGUAAAUUAUCUACUGACUACAUUCAAUUAAUGCGGUUUACAUUUUCAUUAAAAAAAAAGAUUGGUCAACUCUAAAACGUGCACGUGUUAUUGCCGUCAUCGUGAUACGACGAAUAUACGAUAUAGAGAUAAGUCAGCAGACGUGGCUAUGAUCUGCAAAAGCUGUCAACAUUGACCUUUCGAUCUCUUUCCCUUUAAAUCAACGGUUCAGAUCAACAUAGUGACACUUGUCUUUCUAAAAGGUUAAGUAUAAUUGAACUUAUCGAGGUUGAGUAAACUUUGGUUUACAACAGCCCACGUUGGAUCGUCUUUUCAAAAUAAUACAGCGAUAUUAUUUCUUUCGGAAUACUGUUUUUUGAUCAAAAGACUUGUGCCUUGAACCAGCGAUAUAAAUACUUAUUAAAAAAUAUAGUAUACAUUAGUACAUUUUGUAUAUACUUAACAUAAGAAGAGUACAAGAGAUGCGAGUUUCAAGUUUUCGUGUAAUUUAAUUUAGUAAAACUAUGUCAAACAACUGAAGUAAUAAUCUAAUUGAUUAGAGAGAAAUCGUGCUUAAGAGAUACGUUUGUACUUUGGAAAACGACAUUUUACAUUUGAAACCAAAAAUAUAUUGUUACCCGAAUUGUCUUAUGAUUAGAAACGCGGAUACAUUAAAACGUUAUCGACCAUCGGCUAAAUCGGGUAUCUAUUAUGCAAAUUGAUCUUCCAUGUGCACAAGUGACUAGUUCUGUGUUAAAACCAACGCAAUAUCUAGUCAUCUUACCAUAUUACUAGUAGACUACGAAUAAUCUUAUCUACAAAAUCACAUACACACUAACACACAUUGCUACAUGUGUAGCAUGAUUAUGAAUCUAUGAUCAAUUAUUUAAAGACCAAUACGACGUUCGGACAGGCUAAUCAAGACGCGUAUUUUGAUUGAUUAAAAGAAACCGAGUCAAAGGAAAGCCUAUAAAAGCGGAUUCAUCUUCCUCUUUUCCAUCAUCAACCAUUGAUUUCCUCUCCUCCAUAAAAUUUCUUUUCAUCUUAUUUAUAUACUCUUAUUCUUCUACAAGAAGAAAACAGAAGACAUUCUGGUAAUAACAUUCUCUUCAUACCUCAAUUUGCAUUCAUAAACCUGUAUAUACUUGUGUUAAUUGUGUAUAUUAAUCACAAGUUGGUGGAAAAUGGCGGGAAACGGAAACGAAAACGCUGAUGGAGACUUCAGUUUCUCGGCUGCUGCGGCGCGUGAUGCGCUUCCAAGGAUCACGACGGAGAAGGGAGCCAAGUCUGCAGACGUGUGUCAUGAUGACACCGCACCGCGGGUCAACUUCCAGACCAUUGAUGAGCUCCACAGUCUCCAGAAGAAACGAUCUGCUCCCACCACUCCUCUCAAAGAAGGAGGUGGUGUAGUGAUGGGAACCAGUGGCCCUACCACUCCUUCAUCCGGCGAGACCAUGCUUCAAUCCGUCAGUGCAUCGUUGGCUUCGUUGACGAGAGAGACAGGACCGAAGUUAAUCAGAGGAGAUCCCACGUCGGCCGCGAAAGUUGCACACGUUCCACACACUCCUACGUCAGUUCCAGCUGCUGACGUCAGUGACAGCGGCUUGAAAUUCACUCAUAUCCUUCACAACCUCUCUCCCGCCGAAUUGUACGAGCAGGCGAUAAAAUAUGAGAAAGGAUCGUUUGUGACAUCGACCGGUGCGUUGGCGACGUUGUCGGGAGCCAAAACCGGUCGGUCUCCUAAAGACAAGCGUGUGGUUAAGGACGAGACAACUGCGUCCGAGCUUUGGUGGGGAAAAGGAUCACCAAACAUUGAAAUGGAUGAACAAACAUUUUUGGUGAACCGAGAAAGAGCUGUUGAUUACUUGAACUCUCUGGACAAGGUGUUUGUGAAUGAUCAAUACCUAAACUGGGACCCAGAGAACAGAAUCAAAGUCAGAAUAGUAUCAGCAAGAGCUUACCAUUCACUAUUCAUGCACAACAUGUGUAUCCGUCCAACACCUGAGGAGCUAGAGAAUUUUGGGACACCUGAUUUCACCAUCUACAACGCAGGAAAAUUCCCAUGCAACCGUUACACUCAUUACAUGACAUCAUCGACUAGUGUCGACAUAAACCUAGGAAGAAGAGAGAUGGUGAUUCUAGGGACGCAAUAUGCUGGAGAAAUGAAGAAAGGGCUCUUUGGUGUGAUGCACUAUCUGAUGCCUAAGAGAAAGAUUUUAUCACUUCACUCCGGUUGUAACAUGGGAAAAGAGGGAGAUGUUGCUCUCUUUUUCGGUUUAUCUGGAACCGGAAAGACUACAUUGUCGACCGAUCAUAACCGGUAUUUGAUUGGAGAUGAUGAGCAUUGUUGGAGUGAUGCUGGAGUCUCGAAUAUCGAAGGUGGCUGUUACGCGAAAUGUAUUGAUUUAUCGAGGGAGAAAGAGCCUGAUAUCUGGAACGCUAUCAAGUUCGGAACUGUUUUGGAGAAUGUUGUGUUUGAUGAGCACACGAGAGAAGUGGAUUAUAAUGACAAGUCGGUGACGGAGAACACACGUGCGGCUUAUCCGAUUGAGUAUAUCCCUAACUCUAAGAUACCAUGCGUUGGACCACACCCUAAGAACGUGAUCCUAUUGGCUUGUGACGCCUUUGGUGUGUUGCCGCCAAUCAGCAAGUUGGAUCUUGCUCAGACUAUGUAUCAUUUCAUCAGUGGAUACACUGCUCUCGUUGCAGGAACAGAGGAAGGAGUUAAGGAGCCAAGAGCGACUUUCUCGGCUUGUUUUGGUGCUGCGUUCAUUAUGCUUCACCCAACCAAAUACGCAGCUAUGUUAGCCGAGAAAAUGCAAGCUCAAGGUGCCACCGGUUGGCUUGUUAACACCGGCUGGUCCGGUGGAAGCUAUGGAGCUGGAAGUCGGAUCAAGUUGGCGUAUACAAGAAAGAUAAUUGAUGCUAUACAUUCAGGAAGUCUGCUGAAUGCAACAUAUCACAAAACAGAAAUUUUUGGUUUGGAGAUUCCAAAUGAAGUUGAAGGAGUGCCUUCUGAGAUUCUGGAACCUAUGAAUGCAUGGGAAGACAAAGAGGCUUAUAAAGACACAUUGUUGAAGUUGGCUGGUUUGUUUAGAAACAAUUUUGAGACAUUCACUAGUCAUAAGAUUGGAGAUGAUGGAAAAUUGACUGAAGAGAUUCUUGCAGCUGGUCCAAACUUCUAAACUAAUGAAGAUGAUGAACCAACCAUUUAAACAAAAUAUAAAAUAAAAAUAAAAGGCUUAUAUGAUAAUUUAAAAUAAAUUGAAUAAUGUUUAGACAAUUUUUUUAUAAAAAAACUCCAUGUAUUUGGCGGCUCAUUUAUUUUUUUGUCAUAAUUUUCUUCUAAUUGAAAUGAGAACUAUUCUUUUUCUUUUCUUUCAUGAAUGUUUUAUCCAAAAAUAAGUUUUCAAACUCUGUU